UAGUAACUCCUUCAAAGCGGCUCUGCGAAAGCAGCUCAAUGAAAGCUUCAGCCCUCCCAAACAUAGUUGAAGUGGUUCAAAUUCCUUAACGCUAAUACCCUGCUCUGUCAUUCGACGCUGAGCUGCUGAGGGUUUGGACACCCUUCACCUCGAGAGUGGCUCCGGAUCUGCUACAAUUUAACUUCUGUUUAUUGGUGGCAAAAGAUGGGAAGCAGAGGAGUUAUUGGGGAUAAAUGGUCAAUGAGGAUCCUGUGGUUAUGUGCAAUCGGAAGUGCCAUAGGGUUGUGGAUGGUCGGUGUAGAAAGACAGACCCAGAACAGGGAACGGAUGAUGGCUGAAAGAUUGAGGGCCAUAGACUCAGGCGCAGACAGCCAAUCUAGUGGCGAGGAGGUAGGGGGUAUGGAAUCAGAAUCUCCAACUGUUUGAUUUGGUAGAACUGGAAUGGCAUUACGCCAUUUGAGUGAAUGGUCAUUCCCUACCCAUCCCUUGGGAAUGAGAAUCCAUUCCAACUUAUUCUGAUUCUGAUAUUGAAUUGCUUUAAAAUGUAGGAAUCUUAUAAAUUAUAAGAUUUAUGAAUCAAAUUGUAGGAUUCAAACAAAAUUUGUUUGAUUUUUGUAUAAAACGAUUCAAACAUAUGAUUCAAAUCAAAAUCUUUGGGGUUCAU